AUGGAUACAUGGAUGAAUCAAAAGAGUUAUCCCGAAGUGCAUGUGAUAAAAAAUUACAAAACCGGCAAAAUAAUAAUAUCUCAAAGAUGUGUUUGCGGGCAUGAAACUAAUAACAAAUGGUGGAUACCCAUAACGUUUGCCACGCAGUCCAAUCCAAAUUUCUCCAGCGCUGUGCCCAGAUAUUGGUUACAACCAGAUCAAAAUGUAAUGUUUACAAUUGAUCCAAAUGAUUGGAUUAUUGUUAAUAUACAACAAACUGAAUUAGAAUUAAAUGAAAUAGCGACAACGUUGAUUAAUGACUACGGUACAGUUUAUAAACCAAUAAAACAUUCCCAUGACAAUCAAACGGAUAUCUUGACACUCAAUUUCAAAGAUGCAUUAUCACCCGCCUUUUACACUCUUAACAUGAAAUUUGCCGGUACAAUACCAAACAAUAGUUUUUUGGAAAGUGGUUUUAUGAUAUUUCCGUAUACAAAUAGAGGAAAAAAAAAUAUAAUGGUUGCAACGUAUUCAGAACCGAAAGGAGCUAGACGAAUGUUUCCGUGUUGGGACGAACCCGCGUUAAAAGCCAUCUUUAAUAUUUCUGUAAUGCAUCAUGUGGAAUAUCUGGCAUUAUCAAAUAUGCCUCUAGUACAAAGAAAACUUUUUGAAAAUGAUAUGAUGUGUUCGUAUUUCGACAUUUCUCCAAUAAUGUCCACUUACCUUAUAGAGAUUAUCGUAAUCCCCAUGAUUGAUUUUCACCAUCUUUCCAACGAGAAAGGAACCAUCAAUGUGUGGUGCAGAUCGUCUUUGGUAUGGCAAAUAACAUUUGUGUUUAAUAUUACUGAAAUGAUCACGCCAUUCUUGAUCCAAUACACCAAUAGUUCCGAAAAGAUACCGAAAAUGGAUCACUUUAUCAUACCAAAUUUUCCGGUUCAUGGUAUGGAACACUGGGGACUCAUCACAUACAAUGAAUCAUCAGUUAUUUACGAUGCUAGCAAAUAUCCAACAUAUAAAAAAGCGCAAAUAGCAGCGAUAGUAGCACAUGAAAUUGCACUUCAAUGGUUUGGUAAUUUGGUCACACCGUCUUGGUGGUCUUACUAUUGGUUAAAAGAGGGACUUGCUUCGUUCUUCCAUACGUACAUCAUUGACAAG